AUGGCCAGCACCGUUUCUCGCUCUUCUAUGGCCUAUUGCGUGCCAACCUCCGAAUAUGAUGAUUCUGCUUGCCUACGAAUCAAGGAAAACCAAAAGCUCUGCAGAAACAUGAACACUGAAAGAUCUGAAAUAGCGGAACACAUUGCACAGACGGGACACGAAAUCGAGUGGAAAUCGACAGAAGGACUGGCUGCAUAUGGUGGAAAUACAAGAAAACGUGAUUACCUUCUACGUGAAGCUACUAGCCGUGGUCUCAGUACUGCUGCUGAGGAGAUCUCGCGCUGUCAGGCUCGUCGCGCCUGGCCACCUACACCUGCUCCCAGCGUCACUGUUUGCCCAGCCACUGUUUCUGCGACUUACGCAGCCGCAUCAGUCCACAACAGUUGUUUACCCCUCUCCUGGAUUAUCCGGGACGCCCCACGAGCAAAUUGCUUGGUUGAUCGGUUGGUACGACGAUGCCUUUUUGAGGCUUCUGUUUGGCGGACUGGCUUUUGGCAGAUGGACCGAGUUUAUUCACCUGAUAAUUUGGCUGAUGUGGCCGAAGACGAGAUGAGCAAAGUGGAUGAUCAACAGAAGCAUCAAGAGCCCGAAGCCGACCCUAACUGGAAAUUAUUGGAGGAUGAAAUAAUCGAACUAGCGACCAUAUUGCAUGCUGCAUUAGCCGCCUCUCUCUCAAGCCAGAGUAGUAGCUUUUCAGUACUGAAUGUAAUUCAGCAGUCUGUCCGUUUUACAAUGUGA